AUCCAUAGAUCACAGCUGGACUUUAUGAGUCAGAUGAGGAGCCUAGUGUUUGCUUGGACAAGUUGAUCAUUCACAGAUGCAGAUGCGGUUGGAGCUGAUCUUAUACGGUGUGCCUGUCUGUGACUGAGGGGUAUAAGGAGCAAUAACGAGAACUCUCCCAGCAGGCAGAUGUCUUGAUGUAAAGGAUGGAUUCUGCUAAAAUUCACGCUGAGAAACAAGAGGAGGUAGAACCUGCCGGUAAAACUGCUUUGUACGGGGGACGUGAGAACCAGAACAAACCUCAGAGUCUGGAACAGCAGCACACGGGACCCUAUUCUCAGCCAGGACCUGGACCUGAACAUGAAAUUAAACCUGAACCCAGCUGUGGGUCCAUGAGCAGUGACGAGAUUACUUCCCCUCUUGAAUGCCUACAAAAAGCUGACCAAAGGUUAGAAAGGGUCCAUCAGGAGGGUUCAGCACCAAGCUGUGUGUCCUGCAAGAGCAGCCAAUCAAUAAAUAUUCUAUUUGAGUUCAAAAAAGACGUUACAGAUGAUCAGAGACCCGCUGAGGAGAGCUCAGAUUUUCCCUCUAACCAAUCCGCUGAACAGCAUCAAGCAUACCUGGAUUCAAUAUUUAUGAUGCUGGAGGAAAACAUCGUCAAUUUUGUAAAGAAUGAGCUGAAGACAAUCAAAAAGCUUCUGAGUCCAGCUUACCCGGAUGGCUUAAAGAGUCUCAAGGAUGAUAAAACAGUGUUUAAUAGUGACAAUGAAGAACAUUGGAGAAAAAGACGAGAAGAAUUUCAGAACAUCACUUUGCACUUCCUGAGGAUGAUGAAGCUGGAAGUAAUGGCAGAGCAUCUGCAGAACAUAGGUCGCUCUGCAGCGAGUCAAGGUAAACUGAAAUCUAAUCUGAAGAAGAAGUUCCAGUGUGUGUUUGAGGGGAUCAGGAAAGCAGGAAACUCAACCCCUCUCAAUCAGAUCUACACAGAGCUCUACGUCACAGAGGGAGGGGCUGGAGAGGUCAAUAUGGAACACGAGAUCAGACAGAUCGAAACGGCAUCCAGGAAACCACACGCAGAAGAAACAACACUCAGACAAGGAGACAUGUUUAAAACUACACCUGAAAGAGAUAAAUCAAUCAGAACAGUGAUGACGAAGGGAGUAGCUGGCAUCGGGAAAACAGUCUUAACUCAGAAGUUCACUCUGGACUGGGCUGAAGACAAAACCAACCAGGACAUCCAGUUCACAUUUCCAUUCACCUUCAGAGAGCUGAAUGUUCUGAAGGAGGAAAAGUUCAGCUUAGUGGGACUCGUCCAUCACCUCUUUUCUGAAACCAAAGACAUCUGCAGCUUUGAAGAGUUCAAGGUCGUGUUCAUCUUUGACGGUCUGGACGAGUGUCGACUUCCUCUGGAUUUCCACAACAAUGAGAUCCUGACAGACGUAUCAAAGUCCACCUCACUGGAUGUGCUGCUGACAAACCUCAUCAAGGGGAACCUGCUUCCUUCUGCUCGUCUCUGGAUCACCACUCGACCUGCAGCAGCCAAUCAGAUCCCCCCUGAGUGUGUUGACAUGGUGACAGAGGUCAGAGGGUUCGCUGACCCACAGAAGGAGGAGUACUUCAGGAAGAGGAUCAGAGAUGAGGAGGAGGCUAAAACAGUCAUCUCUCACAUCAAGACAUCACAAAGCCUCCACAUCAUGUGCCACAUCCCGGUCUUCUGCUGGAUCACUGCUACGGUCCUGGAGAAAGUGUUGAAAACCAAAGAUGAUGGAGAGCUGCCAAAAACACUGACCAAGAUGUACAUCCACUUCCUGGUGGUCCAGACCAAAGUAAAAGUGGUCAAGUAUGAUGGGGGGUGUGGGAUGGAUCCACACUGGAGUCCAGAGAACAGGAAGAUGAUUGAGGCUCUGGGAAAACUGGCUUUUGAGCAGCUGCAGGCAGGAAACCUGAUCUUCUACGAAUCAGACCUGACAGAGUGUGGCAUCGAUAUCAGAGCAGCCUCAAAGUACUCAGGAGUGUUCACAGAGAUCUUCAAAGAGGAGAAAGGAAUGUACCAGGACAAGGUGUUCAGCUUCAUCCACCUGAGUGUUCAGGAGUUUCUGGCUGCUCUUCAUGUCCAUCUGACCUUUGUCAACUCUGGAGUCAAUCUGUUGAGUGAAAAAUCAGAGUCGGAGACAGAACCAUCAACGUGGACACAUUUCUACGAGACUGCUGUGAACGAGGCUUUAAAGAGUCCAAACGGACACUUGGACCUGUUCCUCCGCUUCCUCCUGGGCCUCUCACUGGACACCAAUCAGAAACUCCUACAAGGCCUGAUGACACAGACAGGAAGUAGCUCACAGACCAAUCAGAAAACAGUCCAGUACAUCAAGAAGAAGAUUGAUGGGAACGUGUCGACAGAAAAGAGCAUUAAUCUGUUCCACUGUCUGAAUGAGCUCCAUGACAAGUCCCUAGUGGAGGAGAUCCAGCAGUCGCUGACAUCAGGACGACUUUGCACAGAUAAAUUGUCUUCUGCUCAGUGGUCAGCCUUGGUCUUCCUCUUACUGUCUUCAGAAGAAGAUCUGGAUGUUUUUGACCUGAAGAAAUACUCUGCAACAGAAGAAGCUCUGCUGAGGUUGUUGCCAGUGGUUAAAGCCUCCAAGAAAGCUCUCCUUAGUGCCUAUAACCUCUCAGGCACAGCCUGUGAAGCUGUAUCCUCAGUUCUUGGCUCCCAGUCCUGUCGUCUGAGAAAGCUGGACAUGAGUAACAACAACCUGAAUAAAUCAGCACUGAAGCAUCUGUCUACUGGACUCAGGAGUCCGACGUGUAAACUGGAAACCCUGAGAUUGAGUUUCUGCAACCUCUCAGAGGAAAGCUGUGAAGCUCUGUCCUUGGUUCUCAGCUGCCAGUCUUCUGGUCUGCGAGAUCUGGACCUGAGUAACAACAACCUGCACGAUUCUGGAGUCAAGAAGCUGUCAGGUGGCGUGGAAAGUUCACACUGCAAACUGGAAACUCUUAGGCUCUCAGGUUGUCUGGUCAAAGAGGAAGGCUGCGCUUCUCUGGCCUCGGCUCUGGACUCCAACCCCUCCCAUCUGAGAGAGCUGGACCUGAGCUACAACCACCUGGGAGACUCGGGAGCAAAGCUUCUGUCUGCUAAAAUGAACGAUCCACACUGCAGACUGGAAACUCUCAGGUUGGAGCCUGCUGGAGUCCAGUGGUUGAAACCAGGUCUGGGGAAGUAUUUCUGUGAACUCAAACUGAACGAAAACACGACCAACAGGUUCCUCAGACUGUCCGACAACAACAGGAAGGUGUCCUACGUGGAGGAGGCUCAUUCAUACGCGGAUCAUCCAGACAGGUUUGACAAGAGUCAGGAGCUGCUGUGUGAAGAUGCUCUGGCUGGUCGCUGCUACUGGGAGGUGGAGUGGAGAGGAGAGACUGAUGUAGCAGUGACUUACAGGCGAAUUAGAAGAAGAGGAGACAUUGAUGAGUGUGUGUUUGGAAGGAACCGUCACUCCUGGAGUCUGGACUGCUCUGAUGCUGGUUAUUCUCUCCGUCACAAUAAAAGGGAAACAUCCAUCUUAUCCUCCUCCUUAUCCUUCCCUGACUACAUCUUCUCUAAGAGAGUGGCCGUGUACGUGGACUACCCUGCUGGCACGCUGUCUUUCUACAGCGUCGUCUCUGACACACUGAUCCACCUCCACACCUUCAACACCACGUUCACGGAGCCUCUUCACCCUGGUUUUGGAGUCUGGUAUCACAGCGCUGGUUCUUAUGUCAGACUGUGUUCUCUGUGGAGAGACAGACAAAGAGUCUCUACGUCUUAGAAAUGUUUUCACUGUUGAAGGUUUAAUGUGUGAUUUGCAUUUUAUUAUGGAUUUACAAUGGUUAUAGUAACUGACACAUUACUGUCUCUUAUUCGUUUGUAUGUUUAAAUGCAAAUUACUUACAUUUUGACUUUCUGUCUGCAGUAGCACCAACAAACGUACUUAUGAUAAAUAAAGUUUAUAAUUAGGUCUGUGUUCCUCUGUGUCCUUCACUGAGCCCAGUAGUACCUUAAAAUGGGCAGCAGCACAGUCAGGAUCCUCUCUUACCCCUUUUCCAACAAACCAGUUUCUGGGCCGGUUCUGGGCCAGUGCUGAGUUUGGAACUGGGAUCUCUGUUCCCACUGACAAAGAACUGGGUCCGGGCCAGAAAAACCGGUUCCAAGGAAGCACCAUCUCUUUGCUGGGCUAGAGGAAAGAACCGCUUACGUAAGCAGAGGGGGCGGAGUUGUUAAGACCAACGGCAAUAGCAAGACUGCGAGAUGGAGACAUUUUCAAAUAAGCGACAAAUUAAUCUGGAUGCAGCAAAGCAGCAGUGGUCUGAGGAGGAGACAAUCUGUCUUUUAGAGAUAUGGUCCACGGAUGGUUCUACACGGACCAAGUCUGUAUUAGAGAUAUAUAUAUAUA